AGUUUUUGGAGCGGGCGCUGUGAAAUGUGGCAGCAUGAUGCUGCCUGGAUAAUUAGUGGACAGCAGCGGCACAGGCGAAGACGACAAGAGGGCUCGCAGACCCCCAGCUGAAGGAGGGCCAACGCCUGAUGCGCGGCCGCAACGAAGGUCCGAGCGGGUUCUAACAAAACAUGGGCGUGCUCCAGCUCCACAACCCGGCUCACCCCGACACGCUGCUGCAGCGGGCCAACCAGAUGCGCCUGGCGGGUACCCUGUGCGAUGUCAUCAUCACUGUGGACGGCCACGAGUUCCCGGCGCAUCGCACCGUCCUGGCGUGCACCAGUAAGAUGUUUGAGAUACUGUUCCACCGCAGCAGCCUGCGCUAUGCCCUGGACUUCCUGUCACCCAAGACUUUCCAGCAGAUCCUGGAGUAUGCGUACACCGCCUCGCUGCAGGCCACAGCUGAGGACUUGGACGACCUGUUGUACGCCGCAGAGAUCCUGGAGAUUGAGUUCCUGGAGGAGCAGUGCCUGAAGGUGCUGGAGACCAUCCAGGCCGAGGAGAGCGAGGAGGCCCUGGUGCGGAACCAUGCCAGCGGAGACCACGGUGACCACGGUCGGGUCAGACACUGGCGGCACCUGAUGUCCAAGAAGCAUUCCAUCCCAGACGGACCCCCGCGCACUGCUCCUACUGCUCUGCACCACCUGGCGUUGUACCAUAUACCACAAGGGACAGACCCAAAUGCCCCUCCAGAACUGAGCCCCAAGCUGGACAUGAACAUUUCGGAGCAGCUGCAGCAGAGUACCGCCGAAGCCCCGACCCUGGACCCCGUCGGGUGCAUCAAGUCGGAGAACAUGCAGGUGGAUGAAGCGGACUGCUACGAGGGCCGCUCGUCCGGGAGCUGCGCGUCGGACCCGAGCCGGGACGAGGGACCGGGGACGCCGCUGAGAAGCAGCGUGAUCACCAGCACCCGAGAGCUGCACACCAGCUCUGAGGAGGGCGUGGUGAGCAGCCCUCUGGACUGUUACCCCGGGAUAGCCGAGAAGCACCUGGCGUCCAUUUAUUCCGUCGCCCCCAACCACGCGGGGGAAGCGUUGACCCAGGUGUCCGUGUCACUGGCCCCGUCCCUGGGCUUGCCGCUGGACCCGCGGGCCUACGGAGGCCUGCUGCACCAGGGCCUUCUGCACCGGGAGCUCCUGAGCAGGCUGGGCCAUAUCGCAGCAGGCAUGAGGCACGAGGGCUCCGCUCAGGGGCCGCAGUGUUGCUGCGAGUGUGGGCUGCAGCUACACAGCCGGCAGGCCAUGGAGCAGCACAGGAGGCUGCAUGACAGUGAGAAGGGCCACGGCUGUGAAUUCUGUGGCAAACACUUCCAGGACAGCAUGCGGCUGCGGAUGCACAUGUUGUCUCACACAGCGCCUGCCGAGGCUCUGGUGUGCGAUCAGUGCGGAGCCACCUUCUCUUCAGAGGAGGCGCUGGAUGCCCACCGGCUAACACACACGGGGACUGACAUGGCGGUGUUCUGUCUGCUGUGUGCAAAGCGCUUCCAGACCCAGAAGGCCCUGCAGCAGCACAUGGAGGUCCACGCAGGCAUGCACAGCUACAUCUGCAGCCACUGCGAGCGCCCAUUCCCCAGCCACACCACACUCAAAAGACACUUGCGCUCGCACUCGGGCGAUCACCCAUUCGAGUGUGAAUUCUGCGGGAGCUGCUUCCGAGACGAUGGCACCCUGAGAGGCCACAAACGCAUCCACACGGGAGAGAAGCCUUACGAGUGCAACAGCUGCGGGAAGCGCUUCAGCCUCAAACACCAGUUGGAGACGCACUACCGCGUACACACAGGUGAGAAGCCAUUUGAGUGUAAGCUGUGUCACCAACGGUCCAGAGACUACUCUGCUAUGAUCAAGCACUUGCGCACUCACAACGGCGCAUCUCCGUACCAGUGCACCAUCUGCCAGGACUUCUGCCCGAGCCUGGCCGCCAUGCAGAAGCACAUAAAGGGCCACAAACCGGAGGAGGUGCCGGCCGACUGGAGGAUAGAAAAGACGUAUCUGUACGUCUGUUACGUCUGAGCAGGUCUUGGACCCGGGGGCAUAGACGAAAAGUAGUGGGUGAAAACCUUGCAGAGUCAAUAGUGCUGACUCUUGCUGGGUCAAAUAUAAAAAUGCAAAGUAGAGAGAUGUUAUUCUGGGAGAGUCAACAUGCUCAUGCUGAAACAAACAAUAACAACCUUGAUUUAUGACAUAAAUUGUGCCAUUUAAUAAUAAUACUGUCUGGUGAAAACAUCCAGUCUUUCUAACACUUGUCCAAAAAUGUGUUAAAGCUGUGAAAAAGGUCAGAGAUGCAAAAAGGAGGUGACAUCAGCCAUCACUGGCUGGUAGACUUGAUUCAAUUGAGAUUCGAUGUGAGAAUAUUCAAUUUCCUUCAACAUAACUCACAGUAUUCCACACAAACAUGGUGAGUGGCAGUUGCUCUUUCUUUGCCAUUUUUAAGGACUUUUUUCAAGAUUUCAGGGCUACAAAAGACGGCUAAAGACGCAAACAUUGAGAAUAGAGAAAAAUGUGUCUGCUGGUCAAAAACGUCCACUAUGUUUUCAUUUUUGCCAUCGAAAACGCUGUGAAUGGCAAUUUUUCUGAAAAAAACUGUAAGGUGUAAACAUACCCAAACUAAAGAUUAAGGCAUUUGACGUCCGAUUGAUUGUUACUUUGCCAUCCAAAUAGCUAAAGAAUGCUGGUUGUAAAAAAAGUAAGUAAGUGAUGGGGAUAUAAAAGAUUGGCGGUUGUCUGAUUGUUGCACUGUUAAAAGUCACCUUUAAUAAGGUGGAUCAAAGAAUAAUUUUUGACUGUCACUCAGUUUGAUAGUAACAGUGUCUGGGCUCGCUGACCUGUCUGAGUGGCUCCCUUGAUUGUGUUGUUGAAAACCUAGAACUAACGAUUCCACGAAAGCUUGAUUGCCCACAUCAGUCCCCUCGUCUGUGACGGUUUGUUUUUCCUUGCUGUUGUCUUUAUUUUAGUUACUGCGCAUGUAAUUACUUGAAUGGCUGCCAUGUUUUUGACCGCACAACGUGAUCUCUUUAAUUGUUCCUUCUUGCGGCGGGUGACGUCAUGGGUUUCGAGGUAGCAGGCUUCUAUUUCAUUUAGUGUAAUUGUUUUGCUAUUUAAAUGUGUUUUUUUGUUUGUUUGUUUUUUACCAAAUAUGUGCUGGUUAUCACCACCACUUGGGAUAGUUUGAGGUAGAGCGAGCUCUACUCCACCAUUUUCCAUUUGUUGGUAAACUGUUAAUCCGUCUGUGGGCUUCAUUUCCUAAAAAUGACCGUCACUAUUUAAAUGGUCAAACAGUGUAAGAAAAAAAUUUAGAGGCUCAACUUGGCUUUGACGUUUUUUUUUGUUUUUUUAUCAUCGUCUAUAAUUAGAUGUCUUAUAAAUCACAGAACUGUUAAAAAUAGAACAUGAAAAGCAGUUUUUUUUUUUUUUAAUCUAUAUAUAUUUAAAGAAAAUCCAGACACGUGGCGGUUAGUGUCAGUUGUGUUGUACAGUAUGUGUCAUGUACAGACUGUCCUGCGUUGUUGUUUCCUGUGUGAGCCUAACACGGGCCUUAUAGAGUUAAACAUGUUGUAUUUUUGUAUCACAGUAAUUUGCUGUCUUGUUUACAUUUGGUAUCAUUUGAGAAGCAUCUUUAACGUGUGUUUUAUACAUCUCCUAUAAAAAAAAAGAAAAAAAAGGCCCCUCUCCCUUGUGCCUCUUUUUUCUUAGUGGAGUUGACAUGCUUGAGUAUGUGGGUCUGUGCUAUUGGUGUUAUUCUUGUUUCUCGCUCCCAAAUUUGAGAUGAUAUCCAUGUCUUGGAACAUUGCAAAUGGAAGCAACAUACUGUGACAGUGAUGCUGACACUCUGAUGCAAGUUGCCAGCAAGAGCGAUGCAAAAAACUCUUAAAUUGAGUUGCCGUCAAGAGUAAAGAUAAACUGUGGUGUGUUUCUGGAGUGAAAACACAGUGAACAACACAGCCUGGCAACUUGAUGCCAUGACACACAUUUACUGUAUCUAUGCUGAACAUGCACUACAACCAGUUUAGUCAGUGGACCAAAAGAAAUAGAGCACUUUUGUUUUAAAUGUUUUUUUUUUGUUUUUUUGUUUUUUUAAAUCUUUCUAUGUUGUGAUAAUGCAGAUGUCCUUUUAUUUGGUGUGUCCUACAAGGCUGUGAUUCGCAUCGUUUAGAUAUGUCGAUGUCUGUCUACCUCAGGGCCAGGUCAAAGCUUGAGCUGGUGUCCAAUCAGGGUUGUUCUUCUUGCCAUGUGUGCAGUAAAAUCCCUCCUCAUUGCAGAUUUUUAACACCCGUGUGUGAAAGUGUUCUCCCAGUGUGGAUUCAGGCACAACUCUGUACGCGUCAGUGUUCGAUGGCAUGGUCAAAAAAAAGAGGAAACAAAAAAAAAGAAUUAAAA